CCUGCGCGCUCUGAGCGCAUCCCCGCCGCACGGCCCCUGCCAACACUCCUGAUACCGUUUGACACAUUCGAUGAACCCCCAGGAGCUGUUUGACAGUCGCUAGGGCCAGAAUCCAGUAGUCUCGAGCCUAUUCCUCGAGGUAGCACUGCCGUCGUUCGCGGACGACGGUCCUUCUCAGGCGGACUUUAUAGAGACUGUAGCUAUUCACGAUGCUAUUUUAGGUAUGCUAAGCACUUCCAUUGAAGCCUGCCACGCCCAUGCCUUCCGCAAGCCUGGGUGCUCUGAGCUUACCCCGCAUCGUCUCCGAGGACCCUGAGGUUCGGCCUAUCGAUGCGCUCUACUCUGCCAUAUGGUCACUUACUCCCGAGGUCUGACACCUCAUCCUAUUUUUCCACCCAUAUAGGUCGUCUCACUUUGCCAGAUGUGCCUUUGUCUUUCUCAUCUUCCAGCCUUUGAUUAUUAGCACCUAGUGUGAUCACAGUAGCACCAAGAUGGUCAUACAUUCAGAGCCAAAGUCGUUAUACGCCCCUGGCAACGCCGCCGACGAAAAUAUCAGAAUUCGAGAUCAGGGACCCCCGCAAACCGACGAACAUGGAUACAGAAUCCGAGAGCAGCCCAUGGGCACCAAGAAGAAAGUGAAGGUCAUUCUUAUGGGAGCAGGUGCUUCGUCACUGAACUUCUUCAAAAAAGCCGAGGAAGAGAUGGAGAACUUGGACAUUGUCUGCUACGAAAAGAAUCACGAUGUAGGAGGUACAUGGUUGGAGAACCGAUAUCCUGGCUGCGCUUGCGAUAUUCCUUCCGUCAACUACCAGUUCUCUUGGAGCAUCAAAUUUUGGUCACACUACUACUCCUAUGCCCCUGAGAUCUGGGAAUAUCUCAAAGACAUUGAGCGCGAAAACGACUUCAUCGCAAAAUACAUCAAACUGCGACAUCGCAUCGAGCACGUAGAGUGGGACGAACCCGCAGGGCUCUGGCGUCUGAAAAUACGGAAUCUGGAAAGUGAAGCGGUGAUCGAAGACAGUGCCGAGUUUUUCAUCAAUGCAGGCGGCGUGCUGAAUAACUGGAAAUGGCCCGACAUCCCCGGCUUGAAGGACUUCAGGGGGAAGUUGAUGCAUUCCGCAAACUACGAAGAGGGGUAUGACCUAUCUGGUAAACGAGUUGCAGUCAUCGGAGCUGGAAGCAGCGGUGUUCAAAUUGUUGCUGCGAUCCAGCAGAAAGUGAGCCACCUGUAUCAUUGGGUCAGGUCGCCAAUCUGGAUCACUGCUGGAUUCGCACAAACCUGGGCUGGCAAGCGCGGGGCGAACUUUCGAUACAGCGAAGAGCAAUUGAGCUACUUGAAGGAAAACCCGAGGAAGUAUCUUGAAUAUCGGAAGCAAAUCGAAAACGAGCUCAACCAACGAUUCAAGUUCAUCAUCAAAGGCAGCGAGGAAGCCAGAAUGGCGCGCGAAUACUCCUUCAACGAGAUGCGCACCAAGCUCAACAAUGACCCUCGACUCGUCGACAAAAUGAUUCCUAAGAACUUCAAUCCUGGAUGCAGACGCCCGACCCCAGCGCCCGGUUACUUAGAAGCACUCGUCGCGGACAACACAACCAUCUUCACAGAUCCCGUCCAAUCCAUCACCGAAACCGGCUUCAUAGACGGCGAAGGCAACAACCACGAUGUCGAUAUCAUCAUCUGCGCCACCGGCUUUGACACUUCAUGGUUGCCUCGCUUUCCUUUCAUCGCCUACGGCACGGAUCUGAAGGACCUUUGGGGCCCCAAGAACGGAGUGACGUCGUACCUCAGUGUCGGCAUACCCACGUUCCCGAACACGUUUAGCUACUGUGGCCCAUACGGACCGCUCGGACACGGCUCCUUUAUGCCGCUCAUCGAGCAAUGGACCCGCUACAUCUUCGCAGUGAUCACCAAAGUGCAGGUCGAGAACAUAAAGUCGCUGCGCCCCAAGUUCACAGUGUCACAGCAAUUCCGCCAGCACGCAGACCUAUUUCUGCAACGCACAGCCUGGACUUCCCCGUGUCGCUCUUGGUUCAAGCAGGGCAAGACAGACGGCCAAGCCGCUAUUUGGCCCGGCAGCCGACUGCACUUCUUAGAGAUCAUGAAGAGCCCACGGUAUGAGGACUUUGACAUUGAGUACUGGGAUGAGAAUUGCUUUGCAUUCAUGGGAAAUGGGUUCGAAAUGCGCGAGCUCGACGGGAGGGACAUUACGAACUACCUGGGGUGUCUGGAUGAGGAAGGGAGGGAUGUGCAGCCGGACUAUGACGAUGGUUUGAUUGAUAUCCUGGGCGGGUUUAACCUGGAUGAUAGCUGUAUUGUGCGAGGUGGAUAGAAGCUCUGUCUCUGUCCAUCUUUCCCACAUCUCUCAAGCAUCGCACAAACCUAUGGAACGGCGGAGAUAGCCAACAUCUUGGCAAAAGCACUGCGUUCCCAACGACCCGUCUAGCUGAAGCCACAAUGCCGGGGCUUAACAAGUGGUACCCAUGGGGUGAAGUCUUAG